AGGACGAGGAAUCAAAUGCACCUCACCAGUUCCUGACAUUCAACAAGCCCGUUCCCUGCAGCGGACAACGUCGUAUCACGGAAAAUAUCCGGGAAUAACAGAUUGGAUUCAAGUUGUUGAGGCAUGAUGAAGAGUGUGGCGCCUCUGUGUCUGCUAGCCAUCGCCCUUCUGGCCUCUGAGCCCGCAUGGGCUAAGAGGGGCAGCAGCAGCGGCGGAUCAAGGACCUCAUCCGCAAGCCGAACAAAAACGCAGUCUGGAAACCAAAAACCAAGUCGAUCGCCUUCGACUCCCAAUAGAAACCAACCCAACCCAUAUCCGGCCGGUGGGAGCUACCCUCACCCCCCUCCCAAACAGAAGCCAGCUCCUGGGAGUUACCCCGGGGGUGGCAGUUACCCUGGUGGAGGUAGUUACCCUAAACAGAACCCAGGAAGAGCCAAUCCCGCGGGCCAGCCCAACCAGAACCCUGCUGGUGGAUACCCCAACCAGAACCCUGCUGGUGGAUACCCCAACCAGAACCCUGGGGGUGGAUACCCCAACCAGUACCCGGGCAGGGCCAACCCAGGCUAUCCCAACCAGAACCCUGGUGGAUACCCAGCCGCUGGGGGUUACCCUAACCAGAACCCGGGCCGAGGGUAUCCACCCCAGUACCCAGGCGGCGGCGGGUACCCAGUGGCCGGGGGCUACCCAGGAGGGUACCCGGUCCGAGGGGCUGGAGGGGCUGGAGGACAAGGAUGGGGUCAACCCGGUGGAUAUCCGGGCGGCGGUGGGUACGGCGGAGCAGGAGGGUACCCCGGUGGCGGAGGGGGGUACGCAGGGGGAGGAGCAGGCGGCUCCCCCAACUGGAACCCCAACAAUAAGAUCCUCAGUCCCCGGUACGGCGGUGGAGGGUACGGCGGCGGCGGGGGACACGGCAUGGGAGGGGGCUCCCCGUUCUCGCACUCUGUCCAGAACAACGGCUUCAACCCGUCGCAGCAGUCCAGGGGCUUCGCCAAGAAUGCCAUGAUGGCGGCCGGCGUGGGGGCCGUGGCCGGCAUGGCGGUGGGCUACGGCCUUGGGCGUUUCCCCCGGCCCCACUUCAACUUCCGCAACCCGGAGGAGGAGAGGAACUACAACAGCUACAUGUACCGCCGCUACGGCACCAACUCCACGGACGAGGUGGACUACGGCCGCGACUACGCCUACAAGCCGCCGCCCCGCGCCCAGUCCUACGACAGCUUCAUGGCCACCUGCAUGAAGCGCACGGACCUCCUGCAGGAGAAGACCCCCGGCCCGCAGUCUGACGAGGACCUGGUGGGCAUCGAGGCCAUCGGGUACCCGGCGCUGAUCGAUCAGGUGAAGACCCGGAUCUGCGUGGAGAACUACAUGGAGUACUCCGCGGCGUUCCUGAAGAAGGCUGAGCCGGAGCAGCGCUCGGAUCCCCGUCCCGGAGGCAGGGCGCCGCAGAACGCAGGAGGGCAGCAGCUGCCCGCCUCGCUCCUCAUGCUGCUGUGCAGCGUCUUCGUCCUGCACUGAGGCACCCCUCUCUAAACCCCCCGCCACCCCGUCUGUCACUCCUGUCCGUCUGUCACUCCUGUGUCUUCACUGUGGUCUCCCAUCGGUGCGUUGUCAAUACUGUUACUCGGUCCUGCACUCGUUUCAUAUCUAAUGUGUAUAUGAACACUCGUCGAUUUAACCCCUCUUAAUCCAUCAACUGGAAAUCAUUUGGAUGGUAGGUUUUAUUUACUUUUGAUAAUCGGGUUGAUCCUUUCUGUCGAUUUUCAAGUCAACUUCUCAAACAUGCUGAUGGUACAAAGUACGCAAUCAGUUAUGUCAUCAUCAGGGACUGUAGCUUUUGAUGAGCAUCUGCCGCUAAUCAUGUCAUUUUAAAGAAUGAUUUGUAAAUUAUUCAAAAGGAAUCAACAAUGACAUGAUAUCAAUUUCAAUUAGAAAGGGAGAGAUGCUCUGUGUGUAUAUGAUUAAAGAUUUAUUGAAGUUAAGUUUCAUGAAGUUGCACUAAAAUUAAACAGAAAUUAUUGAAAUUUCUCUAGUAUAAUUUGACGAGUAUAAUUGUAGUAUAAUUGCACUUUUUAAAAGGAGCUUCUCUGCACUCCUGUUUGUCGUACUGGAUAUUUUGCAGAUUUCAUGCUACAAGUGUAAUUGUUUCCUUUGGCUGUUCUAGUUAUCUCGUUCAUAAUAUGAUGAAUCACAUUGAAUGUUAUGUAUAUAUGCAUUUUGUAAUCAUUUGUCAUGGAUUGAUAUAUAAAUGGUAAAUGUUCUGCUGUUUAAAUAUCCUUACUUACAGAAAUGACUACGGCUUUUAAAGGCAUGCUGUGCAGGAUUUUUCCUACUUUAUAACUAUUUUCAGUUGAAACACAAACAAACUAACUCUUAUCUGUCUAGCAUUGCACUGCUAAAUCUUAAUAAUUUGCUUUGCUGUCAACAGCCAUAUAAUACAAUGUUAUAAAACAAGUUAAGGAUUAGAAGUCAUUACUGACCAAAACAUUAUAGCCACAAACUGUUUUAUUAAGAAUACAAUAUGUAAGAGUGUCUGAUAAGAGACAUAAGUAAUUAAACUCUAACGCAUCCUCAGAAUUUACUUGAACUCACCUAACAUAUGAACUAACUUUUUUAAACCAUUCAUAAUAUCUCGGUACAAAAGUAGUUUGCCAGACCAGAACUGGAAUUGUUUUCUAAUGCCCUAUUAUGUUGUUGAACCUCUAGAAGUGCCCUUAUUAUUCUUUAUUAAGGUGUUGCAAGUAGUGCUGUUGUUGAUCAUUUGUCGAGCAUGUAGACAUGUUUAUGAAUUUCUGGUGGCUACUAUCAAGGGUAUUUUAUCUUAUGUAUGAAUUUUAAGUUCGCUAAGUUCACUGUUUUCCCUGCCUGCCUAAUAUAUAAAAUACUAAUAAAACAAAAAAACGACAUCUCUUGAUUGUUU